CGCUGGUUUGUCAUUCUUGAUUGGCGGUGCCGCUGUGUGCGCUGAAAGCGUCGGCUUUUGUCUCUCGGAGCUGAAGAUAAACGCGCGUUUUAAACAAACGGUGCCUCAAAAUGAAGCGUAUUUGGGUGAUUGGCCUCCUGUGUGCUCUUUUAGCCUUCGUUGCUGUCAAGGCCGACGAUGAACUUGACGUUGAUGGGACUGUGGAGGAAGACCUGGGUAAAAGCAGGGACGGCUCCAGGACAGAUGAUGAGGUGGUGCAGAGGGAGGAGGAGGCUAUCCAGCUCGACGGAUUAAAUACAGCACAGAUCAAGGAAAUCCGAGAGAAGUCAGAAAAGCAUGUCUUCCAGGCUGAGGUCAAUCGUAUGAUGAAGCUCAUCAUCAACUCCCUCUAUAAGAAUAAGGAGAUAUUCUUGAGGGAGCUGAUUUCCAAUGCCUCAGAUGCCCUUGAUAAGAUUCGCCUGCUGUCUCUGACCAACGACGAUGCACUGGCCGCCAACGAAGAGCUGACCAUCAAAAUCAAGUCAGACAAGGAGAAGAACAUGCUCCACAUCACUGACACUGGCAUCGGCAUGACCAAAGAGGACCUGGUGAAGAACCUGGGCACCAUCGCCAAGUCAGGCACCAGCGAGUUCCUCAACAAGAUGACUGAGAUGCAGGCGGAGGACCAGUCCACUUCUGAGCUGAUUGGCCAGUUUGGUGUGGGCUUCUACUCAUCCUUCCUGGUCGCUGACAAGAUCAUUGUGACAUCCAAGCACAACAAUGGCACACAGCACAUCUGGGAGUCUGACUCCAGUGAGUUCUCUGUCAUUGAAGACCCACGUGGCAACACCCUAGGAAGAGGAACUACUAUCACGUUGGUCCUGAAGGAGGAGGCCUCUGACUACCUGGAGUUGGAGACCAUCAAGAACCUUGUGAGAAAAUAUUCUCAGUUUAUCAACUUCCCCAUUUACGUGUGGGCUAGCAAGACUGAGACUGUUGAGCCCAUAGAGGAUGCCGAGGAGGAAGCAGAGAAAGAUACCACUGAGGAUGAAGCUGAGGUGGAGGAAGAAGAGGAGGACAAGGACAAACCAAAGACUAAAAAGGUUGAGAAGACCGUGUGGGACUGGGAGCUAAUGAAUGAUAUCAAGCCCAUCUGGCAGAGACCGGCGAAGGAGGUUGAGGAAGAUGAGUACAAGGCUUUCUACAAGACCUUCUCCAAGGAUACCGAUGAGCCUCUAUCUCAUAUCCACUUCACUGCAGAGGGCGAGGUCACCUUCAAGUCCAUUCUCUUUGUCCCCGCUGCUGCACCUCGUGGCUUGUUUGAUGAGUAUGGCUCCAAAAAGAACGACUUCAUCAAGCUGUUUGUCCGGAGAGUCUUCAUCACAGAUGACUUCAAUGACAUGAUGCCUAAGUACCUGAACUUUGUCAAGGGAGUGGUGGACUCUGAUGACCUUCCUCUGAAUGUGUCCAGAGAAACCCUGCAGCAGCACAAACUGCUCAAGGUCAUCCGUAAGAAGCUGGUACGCAAGACCCUCGACAUGAUCAAGAAGAUCGCAGAGGAACAGUAUAACGAUAAGUUCUGGAAGGAGUUUGGAACCAACAUCAAGCUGGGUGUGAUCGAGGACCACUCCAACCGGACCCGCCUUGCCAAGCUGCUGCGUUUCCAUACCUCAAACAGCGAGACGGCUGUGACAAGCCUGGAGCAGUAUGUGGAGCGUAUGAAGGAGAAGCAGGAUAAGAUUUACUUUAUGGCAGGCCCCAGCAGGAAGGAGGCUGAGACUUCUCCCUUCGUGGAGAGGCUGCUGAAGAAGGGCUACGAGGUGAUCUACCUGACUGAGCCCGUGGAUGAGUACUGUAUCCAGGCCCUACCUGAAUUUGAUGGCAAGCGCUUCCAGAAUGUGGCAAAGGAAGGCAUCAAGUUUGACGAGAGCGAGAAGGCCAAGGAGAAAAGGGAGAGCCUUGAGAAAGAAUAUGAACCCCUCACAACUUGGCUGAAAGAUAAGGCCCUGAAGGACAAGGUUGAGAAGGCCAUCCUCUCCCAGAGGCUUACCAACUCACCAUGUGCUCUGGUUGCCAGCCAGUAUGGCUGGUCAGGAAACAUGGAAAGGAUCAUGAAGGCACAAGCGUAUCAGACAGGAAAAGACAUUUCCACAAAUUAUUAUGCAAGCCAGAAGAAAACAUUAGAGAUCAACCCCAAACACCCCCUCAUUAAGCAGCUGCUGAAACGUGUCAAUGAUAAUGCUGAUGACCAGACGGCCUCAGACCUGGCCGUGGUGCUGUUUGAGACAGCCACCCUGCGCUCAGGCUACCAGUUGGUAGACACCAAGGCCUAUGGAGAGAGGAUUGAGCGCAUGCUCAGACUCAGCAUGAAUGUCGACCUCGAAGAACAGAUUGAAGAAGAGCCAGAGGAGGAGCCUGAGGAGCCAGCGGAAGAAGAGGUUGACGAUGAGGAAAUCUCGGAUGAAGAUGAAGAAACGGCAACAACAGAUAAAGAUGAACUGUGAGGCACUGACUGGACUUAGGGGGGUGGAGGGGAAUCUGAUUGGGAUACCUGGGUUGGGGUUUUUAUAAGUCAUGCAUUUUUUUUUUUACAUUCCUCACAACUGUAAAUUUGUUAAUAGUUAACUGAUGUUUAUGGAAAUACAAUCCUGUCUCAGUGGAAUAAAUGUUCCGUGGUA